AUGGCUCCUACAAUCAACCAGCAUCAACUACAGCAGCAGCAGCAGCAGAUGAUGAUGACCAAGCAGCAGAGGUACAUGUGCCAGCAACGGCAUUAUCAGCAACAGUACGCGGCCCACGGUCAACCUUACAUGCCCUACAGACACCCCUACCACUUCCGGCAACAACAACAUCAUUUUCACCAUCGUCAACAACUGCAGCAACAAAUAUGGCAGCAGCAGCAGCAACAACAAAAUUGUUGCGAUGUUGCAAAUUGCAACUGCAAUCCUAUGCUACAAAAGAAAGCGUCUAUGGAAUUAGGUCAACCGCAGCAACAAUAUUUUGGUGUUGAGCAACAAAAACAGCAAAUGCUUUUACAACAGCAACAUCAGCAGCAGCAACAACAACAACAACAUCAACAACAAUACUAUCGUAUGAUGUCUCUCGGCAAAGCUCCACCGCACCACCACCCCCAACAACAGAUUCAUCAUUAUCAGCACCAACCUCAACAAAUACCUUACUCUCCAACAAAUUCUUCAAUGUUUAGGGACAUUAAACAACAGCAACUGCAACAACAAACAUUCAACAACAUCAACAACAGCAUACCAUCACAACAAAAACAACUUCAUAAAAGCAUCAACAUGCCUUCCCAUCAGAAACACUCAACAACGCAACAACAACAACAUUUUUCACUUCAAGAAACACAACAAUACUAUCCUCAACACCAACAACAUCAACAGCAACAACAACAGCAACAGGCUGACUAUGUCUCGCCUAUAGACAAUACUUUGUCUCUCGAUUUAGACCCUUACGCAUACAUCCCUUUUAACAACAGCAGCAGCAACAACACUCUGGUUAAAGACAUCAACAAAAACAUCAACAACAACAUCAGUGACAACAGCAACAGCAACCUAAACUUUAUUGACAACAACAACGACAACAACAUCAACAACAGCCGUUCAGAAAGUUGUUCAACACCAUCUGCAACGAAGGAAUAUCUGAGGAAAGAAAUUAGGAACAUAUGUAAUGCCAG